UUUUAGUUUUUUCCGCUGUGUUUCUUCAUUUAUACUCGGUAAGUAAUAACAUACAAUUUAACUAACCCCCUCAACUCCAUCAUCCUCAUCAAACAUUUGCCCUUAAAAUAUGCACAUAGUCUAGAUAUUUAAGCACCAGAUCGUAGUUUUUUCCAGUUGAAAGAGAAAAAAAGGUGAUUUCAAUUUGCAGUUGUUAAUCCUAAGGAUGAGGAUUGAGAAAAAUGUGAGUGAACCAAGAGGACGGGAGUAUAGCGAUUCGAAGAAGAAUCGGAGAAGGCAGAGGAUGAUUUCCCCGGUUCAAAGACUUUAUGAAACUUGCAAAGAAACUUUUGCUAAUUGUGGUCCUGGUGUUGUACCAUCUGCAGAAAAGAUUGAACGUCUCAAGGAAGUUUUGGAUACCAUGGCUGGAGCAGACGUUGGCUUGAGACCGAACAUGCCAUACUUUAAGUCAACAAGAUAUGACAGACCUCCUACAAUAACGUACCUGCACCUCCAUGAGUGUGAUAAAUUCUCGAUUGGUAUCUUCUGCUUGCCCCCAUCAGCUGUCAUUCCACUUCAUGAUCAUCCUGGAAUGACUGUUUUUAGUAAGCUUCUUUUUGGAGAAAUGCACAUUAAGUCAUAUGACUGGGUGGACAACCUCCCUGCUGAUCCAACUCCAGUUGCUAAACCUUUAGAUAAUGGACUUGGGGAAUCUACUACUGGAAUUCGUCUAGCAAAAGUGAAGAUAAAUUCAGCGUUUAGAGCUCCUUGCAAGACCUCUAUCUUAUAUCCAGCUGAUGGUGGUAAUAUGCAUUGUUUCAAAGCAAAAACAGCCUGCGCCGUGCUAGAUGUGCUUGGCCCUCCCUAUUGUGAUCCUGAAGGUCGCCACUGUCAAUACUACUGUGACUUCCCGUUUUCAAGUAUCUCUGUGACCGAGGAACAGAAGGGUGGCUAUGCAUGGCUGAAAGAGAGGGAGAAACCUGAUGACUUAACACUGGUUGGAGCAUUGUACAAGGGACCAAAAAUGGUUAAGUGAAUUGAAUUAUCCCCAUUUCUGUGGAUGAUAACGAAAGUUGGCAGUGAAGCAGAACCAAAAAAGAAAAAAACUUUUUUUUACUUUUCUUAUCUUUCUUUCCCUUGUUUUCCUCCCUAAUUUUUCCUCGUUUUCCCUUCUUGCGGUUUGGUAGUGUACAUAUUCAGACCGGAGGAAACAAACGAAGGUCAUGGCGAAAAUUUGAUGCAGUAGUGUUAUUUUUUAACAACAGUUACAUAUUUCUGACAUAGCGUUAUGUUGUAGGAUUUGUUUAAGUACACCUCCUUUUAUGGUACAAUUUGCUAUUUGACAGUAGCUCAGGUUGUACUUUAGGAACAUUUGCCCUGGAAUCCGAAUAUGACGAUAAGAAGUGGGUUUGUUCAAGUGGAUUGAGGGGUGUUCCGAUCGACAUUGUAAAGAAAUGGAUUAUAGAUUGAAUUCAAUCCCAAAAAUUGGCUAAUAGGGUAAGAAUUAUCAAGCUCAUGUAAGGAUAUCUAUGAUGUCAAUUGUUCAUGUGAGACUUCUUUUAACACUCUCAUGCAUGUUCAAACUGGAGUGAAUAAUAUAAUAUGGGAGCUAGCAUUGGCGAUCGAAGAAAUAUAAGAUUAGAGUUUUUGUGCCUCA